AACAAACGCUUUUCCAAUGAAGUGCGUCUUUUGGGUCAGCUGACAGGAAGUGACGUUGUGUUGACAAGAUGGCAGGACACGAACAUCAUCAUCACUUUUCGCUUUGCUUCUGUGAUUUAAUGAGGCUGAUGUGGUCUCUGGUGGCGCCCUGCGCCUUCCUCAGCCUGCUCCUGACCCUCGCCCUGCUGCUGGUCCUGCUGGGGCUCCGGCUCUGGCUGCAGGGUCGCCGCAAGGCGCGCUGGGCCCGGGACGGCGGCCCCAGCGUGGCUUUCUUCCACCCGUACUGCAAUGCGGGCGGCGGCGGGGAGCGGGUGCUGUGGUGCUCGCUGAGAGCCCUCAUGAACAGAUACCCCGGCGUCUCCUUUGUGGUGUACACGGGUGACCAGGGGGUGACGGGCGAGCAGAUCCUGGCGGGAGCGCGGCAGCGUUUCAACAUCACCUUGCCCCGGCCGGUCUCCUUCGUCUUCCUGCACCGCCGCUCUGCGGUGGAGGCCACUUCCUAUCCCCACUUCACCCUUCUGGGUCAGAGCGCCGGCUCCAUGUUCCUCGGAUGGGAAGCUCUCACAGCCUUUGUUCCUGAUCUGUAUGUGGACUCCAUGGGUUAUGCCUUCACGCUGCCAAUCUUCCGCUAUCUGGGAGGGUGCAAGGUAGCGAGCUAUGUCCACUACCCCACGGUCAGCACCGAUAUGCUGUCUGUGGUCAGAGACCGGAACCCCAGAUUCAACAACGCCGAUUUCAUCUCCAGAAACCCGCUGCUGAGCACCAUGAAGGUGGUGUACUACUGCUGCUUUGCCCUGCUGUACGGCCUGGCCGGCUCCUGCAGCGACGUCGUCAUGGUGAACUCCACCUGGACGCUCGGACACAUCCUGGCCCUCUGGAGGUCUCCCAGCCGCACCAGCAUCGUCUACCCGCCCUGCGAUGUCAGAGCCUUCCUGGACGUCCCUCUGGAAGAGGAGGAUGAGGACGAUGUGGAGGGAUGGGAGGAGCUUGGUCAGGAGCUGGGGGGUGGGGAGGAAGGGGGAGGAAGAAGAGAGGACAAAAAGGGCCACACCAUCGUGUCGGUGGGGCAGUUCAGACCAGAGAAGGACCACCAGCUGCAGAUCAGAGCCUUUCGUAAGCUGCUGGACGGGAAGGGGGAGGAGCCUGCGGGGCGGGAGUCGCUGCGGCUGGUGCUGGUGGGGGGCUGCAGGAACCAGGAAGACGAGGAGCGGGUGCAGACGCUUCGAGGUCUCUGUCAGGAGCUGGGCGUGGCCGACCGCGUCCAGUUCAAACUGAACGUUCCCUUUGAAGAGCUGAAGAGGGAGCUGGUGAGCGCCACCAUCGGGCUGCACACCAUGUGGAACGAGCAUUUUGGCAUAGGCGUGGUGGAGUGCAUGGCAGCAGGCACCAUCGUCCUCGCUCACAAGUCAGGAGGUCCAAAGCUGGACAUCGUGGUCCCGUACGACGACAGGCAGACCGGCUUCCUGGCAGACAGCGAGGACAGCUACGCCGCCGCCAUGGAAACCAUCCUGGCACUGUCGCCAGCCGCCAGACUGGAGAUAAGACGCGCCGCCCGCCAAUCUGUCAGUCGAUUCUCUGACCAGGAGUUCGAAGUGUGUUUCCUCGCCGCCAUGGAGUCUCUGAUGAGUCAGCUGACGCUUUGAGGAGGAGUGGAGGAGGCGGCACCGGGACGUUUCCAUAUGGUUCCAGAAAACUGCAGGGCACAAAGUGGGAAAGGUCAAACAAAAGUGGGAAAGGUCAAACGGAAGGAUGGGAAAGAGCUUCAGAAACAUCAACCCCAGCACAGCUCUGCACUCUUUCACCAGAGAAUCAGUCUUUAUUGGCUAACCUACAGAACCAAAUGGCCACAAUAAUCUGCAAACAUUCCAGCUUUCUGCGUCGCGUCUCCAGACACUGUUAGUGUUCCAGAAGCUUCUGUCCACACGUGUUCACACCAAGGAUCAACACGUAUGUCACACGCCGAACAUGUGACCAGGAGAGACAAUGGAAUGAUUGACCGGAUGUGAAGAGGUUUGAAGUGUUUCCUGCUUUUUAGCACUUAACCCAGUUUUAGGGUCCAAGCAACUGACAGAUUCCUGUUCCAAGUUCUGUUCACUUCCAGAUAUUCUUGUUUUGUUUUAAGGACCAAGCAUGAAAAUAAGACCAGAAAUAUUAUAAACCUAGACUUUAACCACGCAUUACUACUAUUUACGUUUAUUUAAAGAGGAUGUUUGGGUUUGUAUCAUCAGGAAAUCAUUCUUGGGAAUGAUUGCAAUAAAUAAAUGAAGGACUUGAGAGGGA